UCACAUUAUUAGAAACUACACUAAUGAACCGAGGCAGCAAGUGAAACCACAUUUACUUUUUCUAAAUGUGAAGCUAUGGUUGAUUCUUUGACACUGCCCUGUGUGAAUUGAAAAAAUGUAAUUGUGUCCUGGCUCAGUCAGAGCUGGGCAAAGGGGUGUGUAAAACUGUGGAUCUCCUGAAAACAACACCCUGCAUGUUCCAGGGCCAAUGUUUCCCAACCUUUUUAAUUUGAGACCCCUUAAAAUAAAUUUUUGGAGUUAUGAGCAGCAAAAGAGUGACUAUUCAUCCUAGAUUGUUUCAUCUGAAGAGUUUUUAAAACUCUAAAGAUGUGCUUUGAGAAAUUUCCAUUCCCAUCUUUAAUCCUCUUGUGAGACAUUCGUCUUGGGACACCUGGGAAUAUGCCCUAAUGUUGGUAAUGGAUACUACUGUAGACUGUAAUAAGUGGAUUUGACAGAGUUUUCUUUUAUAAAGAUCACAUACAUUGUCUAGGAGGUAAGGUACCUCCAGGGAUCAUUAGAGAGAUACCGGAAAAUUAACAGAAAAUAUUUGAUUAAAAAUAAUAAAAAGGACGGCAAUCAUGAUUGGCUGUAUUUAUCUUAUAAUAUGAUAUAUACCUAUGUCUAUGUUGUAACAGUAAUUUUAGUUUAUUUAGAUAUGGGGAAGAGUUGAAGGCGUGAUCCCAUAAAUAGUACUGGGCCUUUAAAUGGGAUUUGCAUCCGGAGCAGCUCCCUCAUUGCCCCAGACAGACACAGGCCAGUGUCCUACCGAUAACAACCCACCUUUAACGGGUUUGUUUACAGCCGGUUAACAGGUACACAACACUUAUUACUGUGUCAAGCAAAGUAAAAACAUAGUAGUAUAGCUAGAUAGUUAGCUAACCGCUAUACCGUUGCAUGUCAUCAGACAGCCUGGGAGUCAGCUGCAGACAAGGCCAAAGGGAAAUAUGGAGGCGACUUGUGGUUCAUAUUUUUCAGAUAGCUAGCGACAGCUAACGCGAGGCAUAGAGAGAGAUAACUUCUUUGUAUAAGUGUAACCCUCAGAGUAACUCCCAGGCUGUCUAUUCCUCUAAAGAAAACCAAAACUUGAACGUUAGGUUAGCGGUGGAGCUAAGCUAACAUUAACAUGAAUGUGGCCACGGUUCCGGUCAGAUCUGUCAGUGAAAACCGACUGCCAAUCUCCGCUUGGAACUGUCACAGUUUUACAUUAAUGUGUUAUUUAUCGACAAACCUUAGCAACACUGUAACUAGUUAGAGGGUUUUAAAUGUUUUCUACACCUAAUGUAAAUCGGCAUUAAGCUUUUAGCAUUAUUCAACAGUAUUUCACCUUUAUCGCUUAGCUGCACGAUGCUUACCAGUGUUACCACCAGGGAAACCAGUGCGUUAGCGUUAGCUUACCCUAUACAAGUUUAUACGAAUAAACUUUUUACUUGUUACCCUUUGUUUUGAACGCCGAACUGAAGAGUGGAUAGUGUUUCCGAAAAUAUAUUGAAACAUAACGAUAUUUAAUUUGCCAAUUGACCAGUUUAUAUGACCACAUUUUUGCUGGCGUUAAAUUGGCUAGUUUUUAAACCGAGUCUGGCUCUAUGUGCUCACUCUCAUCCUAUCCACGAGAGCAGCAGCACGCGCAAGGUUUGAUGAGGAUUAUGACGAUACGGUGGUGGUUGUUAAUUGACGCAGGUGGUGGUGGUUAUAUAAAUUAGCUCUUCAUCUUUAAUUAAGACAUGGGCUGUGUCUCUAAAUGUAGAAUAUGAUUACUUGCAAUGUCUAUGAAGUAGAGUUUAAUGUAAGGAGGGAUUGCAGUUUACAGUAUUCUUAGGGAAAAUCUUUUGAAUUUAUAUUUGCAGGUGCGCUGCUGCUGCUGGCCGUCGGUUCACUAUGGCCCAGAACCAGGUGAUUCUGCAGUUCCGCUUCGCCACAUUUGGGGACUCCAUGCUGCAGAAGAUGAACCUCUUACGACACCAGAGACGCUUCUGUGAUGUCACCGUGCGCAUCAACCAGCUGGAAGUCCCUGGUCACAAGGUAGUGUUUGCCGCUGGCUCUUCUUUCUUGAGGGACCAGUUCAUCCUUCAGCAGGACUCCAGGGAGGUCCAGAUCUCCAUGAUCCAGGAGGCGGAGGUGGGCCGGCAGUUGCUGCUGUCGUGCUACACAGGUCAGCUGGAGUUUCCUGAGCUGGAGCUGGUGCAUUACCUGACAGUUGCCAGCUUCCUCCAAAUGGGCCACAUCGUGGAGCAGUGCACUCAAGCUCUCAGCAAGUUCAUCAAACCUCAGUCUGCACGCCAGCUGGAGGUGGAUGUGGAUAUGAGGAGGGAGAAGAGGGACGAGGGUUUAUCCUCCCAGGUCCAGAGACAGCAAGAACGCUCUCAGGGCUCUCAGACUGUGCAGCAGGAGGAUGAGGAGGUGGAGCAGGUUGAGGACGAAAACAAUGGCGAUGAUGACGAUGAUGAAGACGACGACGACGAUGAUGAUGUGAUCAUACAGCCUAAGUCCCCUCUCCAGAUAUUAGGCAGAUGUUCAAGGCAGGGUAUGGUGGAGAGUGACAUCACUAUAGUAAAAGUGGAGUCUGUGUCUGAUGUAGCAGAAAACUCAAUCACUGGUCACUUCCCCACCAGCCCACCUGCUGCCCUCCACUCUCCUGAGCCCCAGCACUCCCUCAUCAACUCCACAGUGGACAGUCGUGGUAGUGAGAUGGCGGUUCCACCUGGUGUGGCCAGGUACCCGCUCAGUCCCCCUCCUCCAUCGCCUCCUGCCGAGAAACACAGUGGGCACCAGAGGAACUACGACAAACCUCUCCAGUGGUACCACCAGUGCCCCAAGUGCACCAGAGUCUUCCGCCAGCUGGAGAACUAUGCCAACCACCUCAAGAUGCACAAGCUGUUCAUGUGCCUCCUGUGCGGCAAGACCUUCACGCAGAAGGGCAACCUGCACCGACACAUGCGCGUCCACGCCGGCAUCAAGCCCUUCCAGUGUAAAAUCUGCGGGAAGACCUUCACCCAAAAGUGUUCUUUGCUUGAUCACUUAAACCUGCACAGUGGGGACAAGCCGCACCGCUGCAACUACUGUGACAUGGUUUUUGCUCAUAAGCCAGUUCUCCGCAAGCACCUGAAACAGAUCCACGGGAAGAACAGCUUUGACAACGCAAACGAAGGCAACUUGCAUGACGGGGGGCUUGACUUUGAUUUUGGACAAAUAUGAAAUCUGUGGACCUUUUUUUUAGUAGCUUUGUUGAAUGCCAUCAGUCAUUUAACUAGGCCCGAUGCAGAAGUUAGUCUUAAAUUUAACAGUUCAACAAACGAACGCUUUAUACGAAGCUGGAGCGUAGAGUCUGUUAUUCUGUGUGUGAGAAACAACGAUUGCAUUAUCAAAGAUGGGCAGAUGAGUGAACAUGAUGGCUGGUUUCCCAAAGUGUCAUCCUCAUCCUGAUGAGUUUAACUGGAGAACAUAAACAGUUUUCCUGGUCUACAUUUCACUGUAGCUUCAUUCAUGUGGACUAUUUUUUUAUCUUUUUCUUUUUCUACAUACAAUACAUUGUAGAUGCCUUCAUAUCGUACUUGAAAAUUCAGCACUGAAACACAAAACAUAAUGACUGUAGAUCAUUAGUUUUAUUAAUGAAUUACCAUGUGUGUGUGUCUAUGUUGUCAAAUGGAAAAAACAUUGCAAAAUGAAUAUAUAUUCAAUAUAUAUAUAAAUCAUGUUCAUUUGUAUAUUGUGUAUACAGUCUACUGUAGCCUUUCUUUCUUACCUGUGUGAAUAUGACAACAUGGACAUCAUAACUUAAAGAAACUUGAAAGCUAGUGGGUUGAAAAAUAUUUUAUUGAAGGCAAUCUACACCAGUGACAAAUGGGAUGCCAAAGUGUCUGUAUGAACUGAAAUGGUUCUUUUUUUUACAGAUUUUAUAUCUGAGGUACUAUUGGACCAAAGUGACAUUGUAUCUGUCCUGUGUUCAUGGAAGUCGAUGUGUGUUAUGAAAUUAAAAACUCCAGAUCAA